AUGAGUGGAAUUUUAAAGAGGAAGUUUGAAGAAGUUGAUGGCUCCUCACCAUGUUCCUCUGUGCGGGAAUCAGAUGAUGACAUUUCUAGCAGUGAAAGUGCUGACAGUGGUGAUAGUGUCAAUCCAUCUACUUCUAAUCAUUUUACCCCUUCUUCAAUCUUGAAGAGAGAGAAGAGAAAGAGAACAAAAAAUGUCCAUUUUAACUGUGUCACUGUAUAUUACUUCACAAGAAGGCAAGGCUUCACCAGUGUUCCCAGCCAAGGGGGAAGCACACUGGGAAUGUCUACUCGCCACAACAGUGUGCGCCAAUACACGCUUGGAGAGUUUGCGAUGGAACAGGAGAGGCUUCACCGAGAGAUGUUAAGAGAGCAUCUAAGGGAGGAAAAACUCAAUUCUCUAAAACUAAAGAUGACAAAGAAUGGUACAGUGGAAUCUGAAGAAGCUAAUACCCUGACACUGGAUGACAUUUCUGAUGACGAUAUUGAUCUAGACAACACUGAAGUAGAUGAGUACUUCUUUCUGCAACCCCUGCCGACAAAAAAGCGAAGGGCAUUGCUGCGAGCUUCUGGAGUGAAGAAGAUUGAUGUGGAAGAAAAACACGAGCUUCGGGCCAUCCGCCUGUCCAGAGAGGAUUGUGGCUGUGACUGCCGAGUGUUCUGUGAUCCAGAAACUUGCACUUGCAGUCUGGCAGGCAUAAAAUGUCAGGUGGAUCGUAUGUCUUUUCCAUGCGGUUGCACUAAAGAAGGGUGUAGCAAUACAGCAGGUAGAAUUGAAUUUAACCCUAUCCGUGUACGGACUCACUUUUUGCACACAAUAAUGAAACUUGAACUGGAGAAAAAUAGAGAGCAGCAAGUUCCAGCACUAAAUGGCUGCCACAGUGAGAUAAGUGCACACACUACUUCUAUGAGUCCAGGACCCCACCCUGUUGAAUAUUCAAUUGCAGAAAAUUUUGAGAUUGAAACUGAACCUCCGGCUGCGGUUAUGCAUUCUCAGUCAGCCGAGGACUUGGACUGCCCAGGGGAAGAGGAGGAAGAGGAAGAUGGGAGUAGCUUUUGUAGUGGAGUCACAGAUUCUAGCACACAGAGUUUAGCCCCUAGUGAAUCAGAUGAUGAUGAAGAGGAAGAGGAAGAUGAGGAGGAAGAUGAGGAGGAAGAAAAAGCAGAUGACUUUGUAGAAAGCAUGGGCUCCCAUACUGAUAUGGUACCUCUUCCUUCUGUCCUUUGCUACUCUGAUGGAACUGCUGUGCAUGAAAACCACUCUAAAAAUGCCUCAUACUAUACUAACUCUUCAAAUCUGUAUUACCAAAUAGAGAACCACGUUGCUGGCACUGCUAACCAGAUUGGUGAGACUUAUUCAGAAAGGGAUGCUGUCAAGAAUGGUAGUCUUUCUCUGGUGCCUUACAACAUGUCUUCAGAACAGUUUGUUGACUACACACGGCAAUCAGAGGAAACUUUUAGCAGCCCUCAUUACCCUCCUGCAAAUCCCUCAGUGAUUGUUUGCUGCUCAUCUUCUGAAGGUGAUAGCAGUGCUCCAUGUAACAGUUUAUACACUGAGCAUAGGCCAAGUCCCCCUCAAGUGGAAUUUCACUCAUACUUGAAAGGUCCUUCUCAAGAUGGCUUUGUUCCAGCUUUAAAUGGCAACAGUCGCGUACAGGAGCACCCUGCUGAGAAGUCACUAAACCUCCCAGAAAAGAGCAGACUGCACGAAGAGUGCAUCAAAUCACCAGUGGUGGAAACAGUACCUGUUUAAUAUUAAAAUUAUUCUAGGACUGACUUCCUGUAUUAAAAUGCACUCACGUUGGAUUUCCUAGAAUCUUACUUUUUUAAGAGGUAGACAACACUUGGACUAUAGUCAAUGAUCCAGACACAUUUUGUUUUCUCAAGCUACACUGGCAGUGGUAUUGCACAAAAACAGUUCAUGUAAAGAUUUAAAUAAAAAUAAUCAAACUGUCUUUUGAUAAAAAUAAAAUGCCUAAGUAAAAAAGACACCCAACAUAUUUCAAAGUAUAUACCUAUCAAAGUAUGUGAAACCUGCCAAGCUGUCUGAAUCAAAGCUUUGUGUUUUUGACUGUUGGGCCUGUGCAAGAUUGUUAAAAAUUAUACUUUGAAAUAAUCAUCUUUAGAGUCCUAAUUUUUAACAUAUCUGAAAAGAUGGUAAGUUUAAUGUAAAAGUAACUACUGUACAAAAAAGUUUUAAUUGUUCUGUACUGUAUGUAUUUUAUUUAUGGUAGGUUAGUACUCAUGUUUUGAUAAAAAUGAACAGCAUGUUCAUUUGAGCAGAAGAUCCAUAGCUAGUUAAAAAAGAGCGUGUCCACUUUUCAUCUGGAGUACUUUGUAUUCAUCCCCUUUUUUUAAUACCAUUUGUGGUAAAUUAUCUUGACACA